AUGAAGGUAUACUGCGGAAAAGAAGUUAGUAAUAUAUUAAAUGUUGGAAAUGUUGGAAAUGUUGGAAGUAACAUAGUAAUGGAAUUAGCCGAACCCUAUCUUGAUAAUGGUAGAACCAUUUUUGUCGACAACUGGUAUUCAAGUGUAGAACUGGCUGAAUUAUUACAAUCAAGAAAUACAUAUUUAGUUGGAACAUUAAGGUGCAAUAGAAAGUCUAAUCCGAAAGAAUGGCGGGACAAACGGGAUUUAGUUAUGAUUUCUUCUAAACAUGAUAGUGCUCUUACAAAUUUGAAAAGAAGAAAAACAGUACAGAAACCAACAGUAGUUGUUGGUUAUAAUGUUGGAAAGACUUCAAUUGACCUCUCAGAUCAGAUGACCUCCUACUCCAACCCUCUUCGUCAAAGUCAAAAGUGGUAUAGAAAAGUUGCUCUAGAUGCAUUAUUAAACAUUAGUGUUGUUAAUGCUCUAGUUUUAUUCCAAAAAGUUACAUCUUCAAAAAUGUCUAUUACAGCAUUCAGAACUACACUUGUAGAACAGUUAAUAAAUAAAGAAACUAUCACAGAAGUUACAUCACAAAAACAUGUUUUAGAAAAAUCAAAUAGAAGUAGAUGUGCUGGAUGUUACUCUAAAACAGUUAAAAAAAGGCAGAAAAUAUGCACAAUGCAAUACAAAAAAAAUUAA